AUGAGUCAUCGUUCUCUGAAACAACAUCUCAACCACAAUAAUAAUAACAACAACAACAGAGGACAACCGAUUGGAUACUACUUGCUUCAGGAUUCAAUUAUCGAUGAAGAAGAAGAGAAUGAUGAAUAUGAUUCAUCUUCUUCCGAGGAAGAUGCAGUGGUUGUGGACGGAUUGAUUGAUGAUGAUGAGAAGGCUAUCAUGAUGGGAAGAGCUGCCUCAGGCGCUUCUGUAACGGAUUCAUCAUCAUCGGAUCAUCACCACACAAAUCAUAGAUAUGAGAAUAUGAGAGAUGAGUCUUCAAUGGCAUCCACUGAACCAUCCACCACUCCAACAACUUCAACAACUACCGCCACAUCCAACGCAUCAGAGAAUAGUCCUUCCAAAACAACAUUAGAUGACACAGACCCAACCAAAUCUUCCCCUGAAAACUCAAGAGUAGUUUCCUCUUCAAGAAGAGGACGAGCAGCGAUUAUUAGAGGUACUCCUCCUGCGUUAUCAAGUUCUACAGAGCCAGAAACAACAGCUGUGACAUCAUCACCUAGCAUUAUAACACCAAAUGGUCACCCUACAGAAGAAAACAGUUCUGAGGCUAAUGACUCAUCAAAAGAACCAACUGAUGAUAAAAAAUCAACAGUUUUGGAUGUCGUCAAUGACGAGGAAGCAUUAUUGAAAUUAGCUCAAGAAAGAAACAAAAAUAGGAAACGAGGAAAUCCAAGAGCAGCAGCCAGACACGAAACACAAUCGACGACUCCAGAGGAGAACGAUUGGAUAAAAGUUGGUUACUCCUCAAAACAUGCCUCUACUAUUUUGCAUACUAUUUUCUUGGAUAAAUUAACAAAAUAUGAAAAUUUACUUUCAAGAUUUUACGAAUCAGCUGACAGAAGAGACGCUUUAAAGGAAGAAGCAAAAUCUUUAACCUCAAAACUUUUGCAACACUUCAAGGAAAAAGAAUUGCAACAGACACUGUCUGAAGAGCAAGCAAUUGAACAUUUCGACAUUUUGUCUUUGUCACCAAUUGAUGCAAUGCAUUUGUUAAUAAGAGAAACAUUCUUAGAGGCCAAUGAAGCUGUUUGUGAAAAAAACAGCAUUGAUGGUACUACAGCUACGUUGGUUUAUGUUCCAACAAUUGACUCAAGAUUUUUGUUUGUAGGAAAUGUAGGAGAUUCUAAGGUGGUACUUUGCAGAGAUGGUAAGCCAAUUGUACUAACGGUCGAUCAUAGACCAACUGAUUCUGACGAAAGAAGACGUGUUAGAGAUGCUGGAAAGUCCAUUGUUAACAAUCGUAUAAGUGCAUGUUUGGCUGUCUCUAGAUCUAUUGGUGACAAAACAUUCCAACCUGGUGUCAUUUCAGAUCCUCAUACUCAAGCCAUUCGACUUUGUGAUAAGGAUGAGUUUGUCAUUGUAGCUUGUGAUGGUAUUUUUGAUUUCGUUUCUGAACAAGAAGCAAUUGAUGAAAUUAGGAACGAACUGGAUCCAGUAGCUGCAAGUUUGAAAUUAAGAGAUUAUGCAUACCAUAAGAAGGGUAGUAACGACAACAUUACUGUGGUCGUUGCAAGACUAAAGUCUGUUUUAGCAUAA